AUGGAACCUGAGACUGAGGAUGUCAGGUCAUCUGCCAUCAUUGACAUGCUAAAUGAGGUGGCCACAGUGUGGAUGUUGCAGCAGGCUGCAACAUCCCUAUGGCCCAGUAUGCAGCAGGCCCAAGAAUGGGCAAAAACCUCCUGGGAUUACAUGGUUCAGGUGGAGGCCAAGAGAGGGGAAGCAAUCCCCACAGCUGUUUGUGGUAGUACCAUGUACAUUGACAUGGUCACAGCUAUGGACCCUGUUGUAUUCUGUGAUUUGCUGCUGGAAAAGACAGCCCAGGUUCUGUCAAGUGACUAUGGUGGAGUGUUCACUGGGGACAAAGCCCAUAUUGCUAAACGGAUUGCUGGUCUCUGUUGA